GUUGGUUCCCCAGCAUUGGAUGACAGAUUUCAAAUUUUAACAACUUUGCUUCCCGUUAGAUGCGACAUCGAGAAUCGGAAGUUUGCAGGUUGGGGCCAUCUUGCACUCAUAAUAACCCCACUACGAUCGAGGCUUCAGUACGACCGUUGGACAAGAUCGAAUGGGGCUUUGUUGAUCUUCGUUUCAACAUAAUAAGCCAUUGUCCGUCAUUUGAGCCGUGCGUUUGUCGCUAACCGUUCGUAUUGACAUUGACACCUCAUCGUCCGCCCCGCCAAACGUUGAUGGUCCCAGCUCUAUGUAUGCACAGAGUUAAGCACUCAGCUUGCUUCUUACAAGGCCGUUUCUGCCUUUUCUAUUCGUCCCCUUCUUGAAUAAAGCUGCAUGCAGUGGACAGAAGGCAGAUGAUGCUGGCGAGCUAAUACGACAAUGCUUCUUUCCUUCGGGAUGGCAUCGCCCUUCGCUCACGGCGUCCCAAGGUCGGCCUCACCGCGGCCGCCGGCAGCUAUCCGGUGUUCCAUCUUCUUUGCACUGGCGCCGUUACUACAAAUCGGCCUGGCGCAAGGGCUACCAGAUACACCAACGACUAUCCUAUUAGCGGACUCGAAUAGCGUGCCUCUACAACAAAAUGUCAGCUCUGAUGUUGCUUACAUCUUUUCACCACAAGACAACUCUGUCGCACUAUUGGCACUCAAUUUCUCAAGCACCAUCCAGUCAUCCAAGGUAGCAUUCCAGACUUUGUCAUCCGAGCUGCCAUUCCUCGUCAACAACAGCACAUCAUUUACACCGACAAUCGCUGAUAAUGGGACUCUUAUUGUCUACGCGGGUAACUGUUCGUCCUUCAGUAGCGCAAGUGUAUGGACUCUUGACCCUCCGCAAGGUGCUUUAGAUGCAGCAUGGGUUCAAAGCUCAAUGAGAUCAAGCAGUCCCAGUCCGGGAUUUCUCGGUGCCGGUCUAAGCUUUUCGACAACGCUGGAGCCCGUUAUGGAUCCGAUGGAUGUUUAUGUAUAUGGAGGCAUGUGCCCAAACCAGACCAGGAGUGAUCCAACAUCUCAGAGCGAAGCAACGUAUUCGAAUCAAAUGUUGAAGCUUUCGCCAUCUGAUUCCAGUAGUUCAGCCUAUGCUGUAGAAUCAUUGUCGAGUAAAGGCUCGCCGGUUGCCGAGGCAGGUUUCACUCUAACGGGACUUUCACCCUCAAUAUCGAAUAGGUCAGGCACCGUUACACAGCAGGUAAACUACGUGCUCCUUGGUGGUCACACGAAAUCAGCCUUCGUCAACAUCAGCACCGCAGCUAUUUGGAGUCUGCCAGAAGAGAGUUGGGGAUAUGUUGGUAUAAGUGCAGCAAGCUCUUCGAGUUCCACGGAGCUGGCGAUUAAGAGCACUUCCCCGAGUGUGGACCCACGAUCAGGUCAUACAUCUGUUCUCAACGAAGAUGGAAGCGCCAUCGUGCUACUAGGAGGAUGGGUUGGAAAUACUUCAGCGCCGGCUUCACCACAACUUGUUGUUCUCAAUAUUGGUGUCGGAUAUGGCGGGACAGGAGAUUGGCAAUGGUCGAUACCAGAGACACAACCAUCAUCUGGGAUUUAUGGUCAUGGAGCAGCACUACUACCUGGCAAUGUCAUGAUGGUAUACGGAGGUUAUGAGAUCACUUCUUCCGAAAGCAAACUUAAACGACAGACUACAAAUGGAUCGCCCUUGUUUUUGAACCUAACCAGCAUGGCUUGGGCUGACGAUUACACCAAUCCAAUUCAUGGUGCUCCUACAGACGGUUCGAGUGACAAAUCUUCGGAUGAGGAUAAUGCCGCCAAGCGACGUUUGGGCCUCGGUCUUGGCCUUGGGUUAGGUCUAGGAGCGAUCCUACUUGCAGUUUUGGUGUAUUUUCUCUGCCGUUCGCGCCAAAGGCGCAAGUAUGGGAAGCGGGAGGAUGUCAUUCGCUCCUUGGCUCAAGAUAACGGCCACUUUCUCCAAGACGAUCCAAUGAUGGAACACGAUGAGGGACAGGGAAUUGGUUGGUAUACGGGUGGCCAUGAUCCGUACGUUACUGGUGGCAGAUCCCUAGGGUACCAAAGUCUCCAAGGCGACCGGAGCAGCAUGGAUGUAAUUCCUGCUAUGUAUGCACCAACGCCGAUCAUAAGGAAACCGGUGGCUCCGAGAGCAGCUCGCGGCCAUUAUAUACCCGCUACUGGUGUCAACUAUGAUUCCCCACCAGGAGGCCGCUCGCAAAGGCCCGGCGGGAUUCAUCCCAUUUAUGAAGCAGAUGAGGAAGCCCAUGCAUUCGAAGAUCCCAUGAGUCCAGUCAGGGACUUUCAAGGUGAAAGCACGUUUUCGGAUCCGUUCCUGACACCAACAGCUGAGAGACCAAUCUCCUUCCCCCCAAAUUGUCGCACAACGCAAAGUCCCAGUCCCGAGGGACGUCUACACCCAGACCCCGACGUCCAGGACUGGAUGUCUGAUGUCGACGCAGCUGACGCUCUCCUUACGGGUCGAAUGGCGACUCACAGCGCAGGCGGUGGUGGUAGAGCAUCACCACAAAGACGUAACACAGUGAUAUCGAUGGUGUCAGCUCGUUCGGGUUAUAACGCCGACGAUGAUUCACGGACGAACAGUAAUUUAUCUGAGGCGAGUCGCAAUAUGUCCCGGUCCGGGUCUCAACGCUCACAUCUGCGUACCGGAUUCAGCAUCGGUGCGUCGAAUACAGCCGCAGAGGAGAGGACGGGAACAAGUAGUUCCGAGGGUAGUCAACCAUCAUAUCACACCGCUAAAUCCAUUCCGGCUUUGCAAGCUGAAGGGCCAUCACUCCUACUAGGCAAGCGUGACAGUGGGGAGGAUGAGACGCCAGGCAGCCCCAGCAAAAAUAAACCACGCCUUAGCCGAGGAUGGUUGGGCAGCCUUCGCCGCGUCUUUAGCGGACCAACGCCGUCGUCGUCGUCAGGUAGCCGUGGUGACAGUCCUAUUCGGGACAGCAUGGCCGAGGCUUCAGAUUAUGACCCUCGGCUUGGCGGUCUAGGCGGGAUCGCCGCUGGUGGUCUUUUCAGGAGAAAAGCUGGUCGCGGCGCUUGGGAAGCCGAGGAUGCUGAGCAUAAUGAUGAUGAUCUACCACUAAGCCGGCGGCGGGAUGGUGAUGAUGAUGAAUGGGAUAUCGAGAAGGCUGUCGAGAGACGGCUCGUUCAAGUCAUGUUUACGGUGCCUAAGGAGCGCCUGCGCGUGGUGAAUGGCGAACCAGACAUCGAGAGCGCGAAGAGCGUAAUGAUCAUUGACCCGGAGGAAGAGAUGGAAAAUAAGAAGUACGAACUCGGGGAUGAUUCAGAGACUGAGCCUAUCGGAGUUGCGUUAUCAACCAACGACCCCGAAAAGUACAUUUUGAGAGACGAGAACAAACUGCUGGAUAAGGGGAAGCAGAGAGAGACUGUCGACUCAGCUAUAGGUUCUGACAUUGGUGUCAUGUCCAGUAUGCCUCCGUACCGGGACAUGAUGGACUCGGCACUUGGUGUAGAGGAUUUGGAUAUCCCGGACGAGCACCACUUGUCAGGGGAAUCGCAAGGCUUGCUUUCGGCGUUGGAGAUGAGACAUGACCCCUAUUCUUCUACUUCUUUGAGUCCCUUCCCAGGUGCCCGUAGCGACAGACAUCGAUCGCAUGAUUCUGCUCACAGUGACGCGCCAAUUCUAUCCGCAGAAGCUGUGGAAAUCAAGCGUCCUGAACGUGCGCGGACAAGAGUCUUAGAAAUGGUGGAAAGCAUUGAGAGUCAAAGCCGGAGUGCGAGCCCGGACCGUCCUUGAGCACGUAGGCUCGAAGGCUAAGGGAUACAACUGUACGGAUUUUAUCACGGAAGGGAGUUUUUCACAAGGCCACGGUCUAAAGGCGUUCCUGGCACGGUCAUUGUAUGUCUGAGGUUGGCUUGGGUAGAGCCAGGAUUUUAUUUUCACAAGCGAUGUUUGCCGCCU